AUGCGCAAUCGCAUGAAGCAGAAGCGCCACCGCGACCGGUUCAUGACCGAGCGCUCGCUUCUCCGCACGCAAGUCGAGGAGCUCAGCCGCCUGUUGCCGACCUUGGUCGCAACCAGGAAGAGCUCGCUCGUGCCGUGGCGCGACGUCGCCGCCGGCCUCGCGCAGGCCAGCGUCGAGUCCCGCCUCUCGCUCGAGAUGCUGCGCACCAAGUGCGAAGAACUCAGUAAGCGCAUUGCGCGCAUGACGACGUGGGUUGAGUCCAUGACCCGGCCGCCGUCGCCGGCCAUCGUAUGGCACUUGCCGUCACCGACGGUUCUUCUCGCCGACGUUGAGGCGCGAAAGCUCGGGCUCGACUGGUUUACGCAGCACAUGUAUUUCAACACGGACCGCGCGCUGGCGGCGACGGGUCUUCACGCGACGACGGGCAGUCUGCAAGACCUCGUUGUCGUUGACCGUGGCAACGGCUUUGCCGAUAUCAUUGGGCGCAUUCAAGUGACGAACCAACUCUCGCUCGAGGCGACAUUUGCUGCGCUCCAAGACAAAAUCUGGGCAGAAAUGCGGGGUGAUACCCACCCCUGCGGGACGGAAUUUCUCGACGAAGAGCUCGUGCGUGAGAUCGACCCGCGCAUGAUCUACCGGCGCACGGCGCUGACGGCGGACGAGAGCAACUACUACGUGUGCCGCGAGUUUGUCACGGAGAACCGGAUCGUGUUUUUGUUUGGGAAUUUCAACCAAGACGCGCUGCAGCCAGAGAACAUUCGGUGGCGCCCACGCAUGUUUUGGUAUGUGCUCGAGCGCUUCGGCCCUACCGAGACAAGGAUCAAAACCCUAUUUUACAAUGGACCCAAGGUUGUCCAAGGCCGCGUUAUGACGUGGAAGGAAGACAUGCGCAACGACCAAGGCGAUGACGUGCCUGAUAUGCCCGACGACCUCCUCUUUUCCGCGUACCAGCAGUCAAUUGACCGUGAUUGGCGGCCCAUGAUGACGAGCGACGUCGAAAUCUUGACCCUCCGCGGCGACACCACGUAG